AUGUUUAGUGACAUUGAGGAGGAGGGAUCUUGGCUGGGCUCUGGGGACAGCUCCUUGGAGGAGCUGCUCAGGGCUCAGUACCGGGUCCUGAGGGACAUUGGGGAGGGCGGCUUCGCAGAGGUGAAGCUGGCUCAGCACCUUCUCACCCACACCCUCGUGGCCAUCAAAGUCAUCCCUAAGACCAAGGACGAUGCUAUCCUUAACAUGGAGAGGGACCUCAUGAGGUCACUGGACCAUCCCAAUGUGAUAAAGCUGUACGAAAUCAUAGAGACGGACGAGCUGGUCUACCUGGUUCUAGAAUAUGCAGAACGGGGCAACCUUCAGGACCUGGUGGACACUGUGGGCUGCCUGUGGGAGGAGGAGGCCCGGUCUCUCUUUAGGCAGAUAACACGUGCCAUGUGCUAUUGUCACAACAUGGGCAUUGCUCACCGUGACCUAAAAUUAGACAACAUUUUGCUUGACGCCCAGGGCAAGCCAAAGCUUUGUGAUUUUGGCCUGGGCGUUAGGUGCCUGGAAGGCCAGAGGUUGCAAAUGGUGUGCGGCACCCUGCCAUUUUGUGCGCCCGAAAUCCUGACUCACGAAAGCUACGAUGGCACCAAGGCUGACGUCUGGAGCCUGGGCGUGGUGCUGUACACCUUGGUGGUGGGGCGCCCCCCGUUUCGGGGAAUCACGACCAUGCAGAUGGAGAAGGCGGUGCUGAAGGGCGAGUUCGGCUUCCCCGCCCACGUCUCCGGUGACUUCCGGGAUUUGGUCACCAGCAUGCUGGCCGUGGACCCAGAGCGCAGGCCCUCGCUGCAGUGCGUGUUGGAGCACCCCUGGCUCCAGCAGGGGGUGCAGGAGCCCCCAGCUCCGGAGAGCCACCCCCCGCGCCCGGACCUCUCCAUUUUGGAAGCCAUGGCUGGUAUGGGCUACGACCCACAGCAGGUGAAAGAGGCCUUGAGUGCCAAGAGCUACAAUGCGCUCAUGGGCGUCUACCUGAUGCUGGAGCAAAAGAAGUCAGAGUCCGGGGACCAGAGCGACCACCCGAAGACCCUGCAUCCCGCCAUGGCGCUCACCGGGGCUCUGUCCUUGCGUGUCCCCCCAGCCAGAUCCAGUGCGUUUGCCCUGCGCUCCUUCGCCCGCAAGGAGGACCAGAAGGGCAGCACCCAAGCCCUCCACGUGUCCCCAGCCUCCUCCCCUCCCCUCCCGGCCCCAGCUCCAGCCCUCGACACCCUGGUGGAGACAGAGGACAGCAGGUCCCACGAAGGUCCAGCAGAGUCCCAGGACUCGCCCCCCGCGGGACAGAGUUAUGUCGGGGUGAAGAGCAGAAGGGUGCGGAAGAGACUGAGGAGGUGCCUGACGUGGCUCCGAGGGCUCUGUUGCUGCUUGCCGUUGGGAAAGACAGAGUGCCGGAACAAAGUCGUCCCUGUGGAGAGCGAGAAGAGCGAGGACAGCGAGGACAGCGCGGAGAGGCUGGAAAGCAGUUAG